UGACUCACAAUCUGUUCUCCAAGCUGUGAGUUCAUUAUUUUUAAAUGAUGUGAGUUGCUGGAAAAACCCUGUAAACCUUUAUCACCAAAGGCUUUAUAUUUCUUUCUUACAAGUUUGGCUUUAACUCUCUAAUGGAAUGGAUCCCUGUGAGGACUGGGCUUCUGCAGCUUUGACCAACUGGUUAACUCACAUUGGAAUCCAUCACAUUGCUGAUAUGCUGAAAAGUGAAGAAAAUGCCCCAUCAGAACUGAUACCUCCUCCAAUGGAUAGCAAUCAAACAGAUUCCCUUGAUGUACAUUACCCUGGUACACCAUUUCUGCCUAUUAGAACAAAGUGGAUAUCUGUAUGAAACAGGGUUCUUAUGGAAAGAUUGAACUGUAUCAUGAGCAUUUCCCAUUAAACAUAGAGAAACUGAUGCAACUGAAGAAGGUAAAGAGCUACUUUUCAGCCGUCCUCCUCAGGACCUCAUCAGGGCUCCGAAAUUUGAAAUGCGAGGUUCAGAGGAAGUAGCAACAGGAAAUGUUUUGCAGCGCUUAAUUCAGGAGCAUUUAAGGUAUGGGAAUCCAAAUGAGAACAUGAACUUACUGGCAAUACAGCAACAAGCCACAGGGAGUGCAGGACCAUCCAACAGCAUUGGGAGCACGCACUCUUCUACAGAAAAUCUUGUGCAGGAAGAUCCAAUGGUCCACCAGUCAGCACGCCAAGAACCUCAAGGGCAAGAGCAUCAGGUGGACAACAGUGUGAUGGAGAAGCAGGCACGGCUCACUCUAGCACAGCAGAAUAUCGAUGAACUACCAACCUAUGAGGAAGCCAAAGCACAAUCUCAGUUCUUCAGAGGACAGCAGCAAACAACUGUUGCUCCUGGUUUAUAUGUUGCUGGAGUCGUCAGUCAGACAAGAACUGAGGGGAGACCUACAGUUAGAGUAAGCUCUGGGCAGGUGCACAAAGAUGAAGCACUAAAAGAACUUAAACAAGGUCAUGUUCGCUCACUUAGUGAGAGGCUAAUGCAACUUUCUUUGGAAAGGAAUGGUGUAAAGUCACAUCCUGCUGCCUCAAGCAACAGUAUUCCUUCCCAACAAAGCAACAAAACCUUCAAGAAUGGAGCACAACCAUCUCCACAGACCCCCACAAAAGGAGUAGACUCGAGAGGUCCACCUCCAGAAUACCCUUUUAAAGCCAGGCAAAUAUUUCCAACGCUUGAUCAGCCUCAAGAGCUUGGGCACUUUUACAAUGAUGCACCCUCAGGAAUUCUUCAGGAAUUGCCUAAGCCGUAUACCGGUACACUUGCGAUUAGACAGGAAGCAACUAUUCUAAGAUACCAAUCACCACCAGAAUAUGGAUCUGCGAGACAAUGCCAGGCAUUUUGUCAACCACAACCAUUGCAACACCACAGCCCCAUGUCUUCCCAGAGCUCCUUGGAAAAGAAUCAGUUGCAACUUGCAAUAAUACAGCCUACUUCUCCCCAGCCCCAGCCAUCAUCUGUGUCAAACCAGCAACUUUCAGUUGACGCUGUUUCAAUUGUGGCACGUGCACAGCAGAUGGUGGAGAUGUUAUCAGAAGAAAACCGUGCCCUGCGCCAGGAACUGGAUGGUUUUUGUGAAAAAACUGCAAAGCUACAAAAGUUUGAAAUGGAAAUCCAGCGGAUCUCAGAAGCCCAUGAGAAUUUGGUAAAGUCCAGCACCAAACGAGAAACUCUGGAUAAAGCCAUGAGGAAUAAACUGGAAGGGGAAAUACGAAGAUUGCAUGACUUCAACAGGGACCUUAGAGAUCGCCUAGAGACUGCCAACAGGCAGAUAGCCAGCAGGGUGUAUGAUGAAGCUGAAGAUGGCAUGAUAACAGAGGGUCAUUAUACAACUCAGAACAAGGAGUAUUUGAAAGAGAAGGAAAAGCUGGAAAUGGAACUGGCCACAAUGCAUUCAACCAAUGAGGACCAGAGGAAACAUAUUGAGAUCUUGGAACAGGCACUGAACAAUGCCCAGGCCAAGGUGGUCAAAUUGGAGGAGGAGUUGAGGAAGAAGCAGAUGUAUGUGGAGAGGGUGGAGAGGCUGCAACAGGCCUUGGCACAGCUGCAAGCUGCAUGUGAAAAGAGGGAGCAGAUGGAACGAAGGCUGCGUACGCGGCUGGAGAGAGAGCUGGAAUCUCUUCGAGUACAACAGCGGCAUGGUGGCCCCCUAAUGGCCAAUGUUCCCGAGUAUGAUGCACCAGCAUUGAUGGAGUCAUUACGGGAAAAAGAGGAACGAAUCCUGGCCCUGGAGGCUGACAUGACCAAGUGGGAACAAAAGUAUUUGGAAGAAAGAGCAAUGCGACACUUUGCUAUGGAUGCUGCUGCUACUGCUGCUGCUCAGAGGGACACCACUAUAAUAAAUCACUCACCAAACAGCAGUUACAAUGACAGUUCACUGGAAGCACGGAGCUGGAAGGAGGAGGAGGAGAGAAUACAGUCAAAUCAGAGAUACCAAGACACAGAACACAGGUUGGCAGAAAUAACAGGAUUCAACUGCAUUUCUAACAGAAUAAAAAACCUUCAUGCACAGCUUAUCGAGAAAGAUGCCAUGAUAAAAGUGCUCCAGCAGCGAUCUCGGAAGGAGGCAGGAAAACUGGAGCCAGGUUCUCUAAGGUCCGGCAGGUCAAUCGCCUCCAUAUCUGGGCUGCAUUCUCGCCAGACAUCUCUGAGCAAUUCUCAAAUAGCAGAUGGGAAAAAGGAGGAAAAGGGCUGGAAUGGAAGUAUAGGGAUGCUCAAUACUAAAGAUGGACAAGAAAACUCUUUGUGUUCCCCACUUCAAGCGACUAUGCUUUCAAUUCCAGUGGUUUCCGCACACAGUAAGACUGGCAGUAAGGACAACAGUACGCAGACAGAUAAAAGUCCUGAAUUGAUCCGUCCAAGUAGCGCUCCUAUCCAUGGAAGAAGGCGGCUCAACACCACCCCUGUCAGCAGCCCUGUCGUGAGACCUAAAUCAGCACGAAGCAGCGAGAAAUCAGAUGCUUCCACCUUGCAUACCCGGUCACAUGACAGUAAAGGAAGAAGUGGCUGUUUUUCCUACAAGCCUGACCUUGAUGGAGAUGUGGUAGAAAUCCUCAUUUAAAAACAGGAUAUUGCCUGCUACUGCUGCUGCUCGGUCUAUGGAUGUAUGAAGCUUGCACUAAAGACUGAAGAAUCACAAAGAUAUGGAUCUUCAGAAGUUGUGAAGAAUAGUUUUCAAAGAAGAUGGACGCUGCUUUGGAAGUAGAUUUAUUUGUCUCUGAGAAAUUGUGAAAUUGUUUGCGUGUCUGCACAUAUGCCAGAUGGAAUAUGGUGUAAAUAAGAUGGAAGUGUAAAGAGGAAAACAGUGGAUGAGAUGGGAAGUAUGGGGUGGGUGUUUUUUAUUAUUGGAAUGUAUUUGAUGGAGUUGUAAGCUCAAAAGAUAUGAGCUAGGAGCACAAUAUUCUGAGCAACCUGUUUCAUUGUAGUAUACCUAUGCACUUCUCUUCCAUUCAUAUUGUAGUGGAUCAGUGUUUUGUGGCUCUUUUGCACUUCUGAACACAUGACCAUGUGUACAUGGUAGGCGAUAUAAAGUAGCACCUUUAUUGCUUUUCAAUAGACCAUCCAAUUGUGCAAACAUUGAGAUAUUAAAAAGAUAAAUGAAUAGGCACCAGGCUGCUACUGUUGCUUUGUGUAAAUCUGCUCUUUGUCUACUUUAGUAUUUUUCUGUUUUUAAUCUAGAAAAUACAAUGUGUUAGGCUUAGAAUUUUAAGCUCAGCAAAUCAUUUACAAUGAGAGAUCACUACCGAAGCAGGUUUUCUGGUGUAUAUUUUAAGAAUCUAAGAGAAAUACCUGCAUUAGUGUUCCAUGUAAUACUAUCAAAGACAGGAUACUACUUUAAAAGGCAUGGUCUAGAAAGGUAAAACCAG